GACAGGCCCAGCGUGCAUGUCAGGCACACAAUACCCCGGCACACACACAUACACCAUCAGUGGUAGGUACAGCCCCGCAGGCCGCCCUCUCCCUCCAGUCCCCGCCUCCCUGUGUGCACACACUGCACAGCCGGCCUGAUGCUCCGGAAGCCGGGAGUCAGCUGAGCCUGAGAGCUGGAGGCAGCCAGAAGCGGAGCAUCAUAUGAUACAGAGGAAGGAGCCGUAGUGUGCCCGGGUGUGACAUUGCAGCUUCCCGUGUUCUGCAAGAGGUGUCAGAGAGCUACGGUACAGAUAUCGCCAGCCAUGAUCCACAGCCUGUUCCUCAUCAACCCUUCAGGGGACAUCUUCCUGGAAAAACACUGGAAAAGUGUGGUGUCCCGCUCUGUCUGUGAUUACUUUUUUGAGGCUCAAGAAAGGGCAUCUGAGGCGGAGAAUGUGCCCCCGAUCAUCUCUACGCCUCACCAUUACCUCCUGAGUGUUUACAGGCACGCCAUCUUCUUUGUGGCCGUCAUCCAGACUGAGGUGCCCCCGCUGUUUGCCAUUGAGUUUCUGCACCGUGUGGUGGACACAUUUCAGGAUUACUUUGGCUCAUGCUCAGAAGCCGUCAUCAAGGAGAACGUUGUAGUGGUCUAUGAGGUUCUUGAGGAGAUGUUGGAUAAUGGGUUCCCUUUGGCAACUGAGUCUAACAUCCUGAAAGAGCUGAUCAAGCCCCCGACCAUUCUUCGCAGUGUGGUGAACACCAUUACAGGCAGCUCCAAUGUGGGUGACCAGCUCCCCACAGGGCAACUCUCGGUGGUUCCAUGGAGAAGAACUGGAGUGAAGUAUACCAACAACGAGGCCUACUUUGAUGUCAUAGAAGAGAUAGAUGCUAUUAUUGAUAAAUCAGGAUGCACCGUUACAGCUGAGAUUCAGGGUGUGAUCGACGCUUGUGUGAAGCUUAGCGGCAUGCCUGACUUAACACUGUCCUUUAUGAAUCCUCGUCUCCUUGAUGAUGUCAGUUUCCACCCCUGUGUGCGCUUUAAGCGUUGGGAAUCAGAACGGAUCUUGUCUUUUAUCCCACCGGAUGGUAACUUUCGACUCCUGUCCUACCACGUCAGUGCCCAGAACUUGGUGGCCAUUCCAGUGUACGUGAAGCAUGGGAUCAGUUUUCGGGAGGGGACCAGCUCUGGGCGAUUUGAAGUGACUCUGGGACCCAAGCAGAGCAUGGGCAAAACUGUGGAGGGGGUGACUGUUACUGGACAGAUGCCAAAGGGUGUCCUGAAUAUGACACUAACUUCAUCCCAAGGGACAUAUGUCUUUGAUCCGGUGACUAAGUUGUUGUCCUGGGAAGUUGGAAAGAUUAAUCCUCAAAAAUUACCAAACUUGAAGGGAACCAUGAUCCUCCAAGCGGGGUGCUCCAAGCCUGAUGAGAACCCCACCCUAAACCUGCACUUCAAGAUCCAGCAGUUGGCCAUCUCAGGGCUGAAGGUGAACAGACUGGACAUGUACGGUGAGAAGUACAAGCCCUUCAAAGGAAUCAAAUAUAUGACCAAGGCUGGCAAGUUUCAAGUCCGCACAUAAUGGGGAGCUGUGCUUCCUAGGACACCGAACACUCCUUACCUUACCUGAGAGGUGUCAAUCAUUCCUGAUGCUCCGGCGCAUUGCUCUCUGUAAAUAUACAUGUAGAAGGUGUGAUGUGCAGUGUGUGAGUGUGCAGAUGACACACAGGUGUCUUGUUGUGUGGUAGGGAUGUUGUGUGAUGGGUUUCCAGGAAACACCAGAGGUGGAUUGGAAUAUUUUAUGCGAGUGCAAAGAUCUGGAGGGGGAUCUUUCUGCGUCCUGUCUUUAAGUAUCAACAGCUGCAGGAUUGUGGUGGAAAGGUGCAUUAGAAUAAUAGUCACUCUGUCUACCACUUGUCAAACAGGGAGAGACGGAAACCUUGAACAGUUAGCAGUAUUUGAGGCGCUGGGGCAGGUGUACUAUGCCUUGAAAAGCAAAAAAGUGGUGAGAGAUAAAGUACCAGCCAAUCACUCCUAACGGUCAUUGUUCAAACACAGCCUGUAACAUGACUGGUACUUUAGCUCUCUCCACUUUAUCUCUCUCCAAGGCUUAGAACAUUUCCCCCUCUGUCUAGAGUGUGUGUGUUGUGUCCAUUGUUCAACUGUGUGUCUACUUUACGCAGCUCUACUGUGGUGAUCUGACUACUGAAAUAUACUAUGUCCUUAGAAACCACUGUCUGGAGGAGAAUACAGGAGCCCAGUUUGCACUAAUAGUACCCAGCAUGCACUGGAUGAAUGUGCACUAUUGCAGAACCGCUACAAAAUUUGUAAUGUGCAGAGGCAACCACUUAUUCCUGACACUCUCCGAGGUGCUGAUUGUAUGAUAAAUUGUAGAACCACUGUGUGAGCCUCAGGAUUAGAGUACAUGGCGCUAUGUAUGGAGGAAUUAGGUAUAGUGAGAUAACGUGUACUACAAGUGCCCCAACUAUUUGUGUAUUAAAUUUAUUAUUGCUUGGAUGGA